ACUGGGAGAGAUGGGAGCAACCUGGAUCUCAUGGAGAACAACUACAACAGUCAUCAUUACUAUACUACAAAUCCAAGCUCUGAUCAGUGUCAGAACCACAGCUGUUACCGGUGUCGAAGGUCAGAGAUUUGACUUCAGAUGUGUAUAUCCAGAUGGCUGGGUGCACUAUCAUAAGUACUUCUGCCGUGACAAUGACGGCAAUGUGUCCUCCAAUACCCUGAUACGGACAGAGAAACACAAUCAGUGGGAGACAAAUGGACGUUUCUCUCUGUUUGACAACACCUCCGGGGCCUUCUUCAUCGUCAGGGUGGACAAACUCUUCUCAUCGGACAGCGGGACAUACCGGUGUGGGGUGGAUGUCAGCCAUGACCCUGAUUAUAUCAGUUUCAUACUACUGAAUGUUUCCCGAGUAAGUGAAUCACCCGUCUUUCCAAGAGAUCUCACAAUAGACAAGCUCCACCUGCCGCUGUACUUGACAGCAGUGAUGUGCAUGGCAGCGAUACUGUGUGUGUGUCUGUUCACACUUUGUCUUCUGCUGGCUGUCAAACAAAGAAGACCAGCUCCACGCCACAGUAGAGAGAUAUCAUCAGACUAUGAGACAAUGAUGCCCGGUGUAAGAACUGAACCUGAACUCGGCUGUAGCUGCUCGGCUCCAGACUGCGCUGAUCUUUCAGCUCUACCACUGCCACCACCUGACCUCUGCUCCCACUUCACAUCAAAGCACCGGGAGUCCACUGUCACUCUCGGCCUCGAUGAAUAUGCUGAUGUGGAUGUACCAGGGCACAUCUGCCGGUACCAGCAUCUGGAUCCCAGGCGGUUAGAGGAGCAUGUCUAUCACAGCCUUCAUGGAAACAGCGGGCCUAAAGAUGGACCUCUGGGAGUCGAAGAGCAGAUUAACUGAUUAAGGAUAAUUCCAGGUUAAAAUACUACUUAUUUUCUAAGCUUGGCUGAUCAUUUCUUGCAGUUACUAUAACCUUACACUCACAAAAGUAAUUGCUGAGAUCUGGGAACAUUACUUUACUUCACUACAUAGACUUUUGAGUCAUUCUAUGAAAUAGUUGCCAUUUGGGUCCGCAAUGUUUGACACAAGAUGCAUAAAUUACAAAAAAUAUCCCAAAGUGUGUUUCCAAAGCUUAAAGCUGUCAAUUCAAGUGUUCUAGUUAGCAUGAUAUAUAAUAAAAAUACUAUUCCUAAAGAGUAACAUACUA